AUGAGCAGCAGCGUCGUCGCGUCGUCCGAGCUACAAGCGGCAAUCGAGCCGGAGCCCGAGCACAUUGACUCGAAGGAGCAGGUGGUGGUGGUCGCUGAGAAUGCCAACAACGCCGAGGCCAUUGCUCCCGUGAACGAAUCGCCCAAGCUGCCUGUCGUCGAUGUCAUUCCCGUGCAGCCCAACGAGGAGAGCUCGAGUGAGCCGGAGACCGUACCGGUGCUACCGAUCACACCAACGACCCCUGGCAGUCGACCCUCGUCCGCGCCGACCGCGCGCGCCCCAGCGGCGACGCCGGCCGCUGCGCCAGCCGCCAAAGACACGUCCGAGAUCCCCUCGACGACGUCCCAGCGGAAGCGGUCCAUCACGGCGGCGGACCCAGCUCGCGCGCCUCUCGAAAUCAAACCCCUCAGCGACAACCGGCGCAAGGCCAGUGCUCCCAACGCGUCGCCUGCCGAGACGACGAUCCAGGCUGUCGACAGCGUACUCCUCACCGAAGAAGAGCGCUUGGACGCGAUUGAGGCCUUCUUGCGCACCAAGAUUCAAAACCAAGGGCCGUCGACACAAAAGGAGAUCCGCGACUUCAUUUUCGGCCGCCUCUCGAGUCUGCAGAUCCGAACGUGCAUGCCACUUAUGAUGGAGCGACUGCAGACAGAGCUCGGCGAGACCUUGACCCUCGACGUGCAGACGAGUCUUUGCGUCAUCAACGAGCUCGUGCUCGAGCUCGGCCGCGCGUCGCCGCUCGCGGGCAUGUACACAGACGAGGAAGAAGCGCUGCUCGACACGCUCGAACACCGCACCGUACUCUAG